UCGCCCCCGGACCUGUCACUUACAGCCGUGGGCCCUCCCACAGUGGAAUCAUUCAUUACAGUCAAAGCUUCGCAAUAGUACAGCUGUAACCAUCGAGCCGGUGGGAGAGGAGGCCCUCAACUCUACCCCGGAUUAAGGACAUUCUUCGUGCGUGUGUGUGUGUGUGUUGUAUGUUGUGUGUGUGUGUGACAGUCUGCAAGCGCGCCGAUCAAUUUCUUCACAAACAAAUGAAGCUUGUUAGACGGUGAUCGAUGCCUCGCUGGUUUAUUUUUUCCGCUUGAAGGAUGAAUGCACCCAGAGGAAAAUAAAUCUACCCCCCACCCCCUCCUCUUCACCCCCUCCCCCCCGCAAAAAAAAAACUUAGCUGCCAACCCGCCUCUGUGACAGUGAAGAUCUUGCGAAUAACUUCUCUCAAGACAUCCGCCGCUCUCGCUUCUUGGAUUGCCCCAGCUUGCUGUGUAUUCCCUCUCCAGGAAGGAGACACAGAGAGAGAGAGACAGAGAGAGAGAGACAGAAGUGUUAAUUCUUUACUCUUGUUAUUUUUAAAUGUUUGGGAUUCAGGAACAUUUACCCAGAGGAGGGUCUGAUAUCAAAGACAAAUCGAGUGGCGGCGGGAUGGAGGCAGUCAGGUCGUGGGUGCGGACUGUAGGCGUGGUGGCCGCCAAUGUAGCGGCUCAGAGCGGGGUGGCUCUAGCCAGAGCGCACUUCGAGAAACAACCUCCGUCUAACUUGAGAAAAUCCAAUUUCUUCCACUUCGUCCUGGCCCUGUACGACAGGCAGGGGCAGCCGGUGGAGAUCGAGAGGACAACCUUCGCAGACUUUGUGGAGAAAGAUCUGGAGCCGGGUAAUGACAAGACGAAUAAUGGGACACACUACAAGCUACAGUUGCUUUAUAGUAAUGGUGUGCGGACGGAGCAGGACCUAUACGUGCGACUCAUCGAUUCCGUGACCAAACAGCCGAUUAUCUACGAGGGUCAAAAUAAAAACCCAGAAAUGUGCCGGGUGCUUCUCACUCAUGAGGUCAUGUGCAGCCGCUGCUGUGAAAAGAAGAGCUGUGGCAACAGGAACGAAACUCCAUCGGACCCAGUCAUCAUUGACAGAUUCUUCUUAAAGUUCUUCCUCAAGUGUAAUCAGAACUGUUUGAAAACAGCGGGAAACCCCCGGGAUAUGCGUCGAUUCCAGGUUGUAUUAUCUACAACACUCAACGUUGAUGGGCAUGUGUUGGCCGUCUCGGAUAACAUGUUUGUGCACAACAACUCGAAGCAUGGGCGCAGAGCCAAACGCCUGGAUCCCACAGAAGCCACACCAUGCAUCAAGGCCAUCAGUCCCAGUGAAGGAUGGACUACCGGAGGUGCCAUGGUUAUCAUUAUCGGGGACAACUUCUUCGAUGGAUUGCAAGUCCUCUUUGGCACAAUGCUGGUUUGGAGUGAGCUGAUUACUCCCCACGCCAUCCGAGUGCAGACUCCACCUCGACACAUCCCCGGAGUGGUGGAAGUCACAUUGUCCUACAAGUCCAAACAGUUCUGCAAGGGCGCUCCGGGAAGAUUCAUCUACACAGCCCUGAAUGAACCAACAAUAGACUAUGGAUUCCAGAGGCUGCAGAAGGUCAUCCCAAGGCACCCUGGUGACCCAGAAAGACUAGCAAAGGAAAUGUUAUUGAAGCGAGCAGCAGACCUUGUAGAGGCGUUGUAUGGAGGACCACCAAACAACCAGGAGAUGAUUCUGAAGAGAGCCGCCGACAUUGCUGAGGCUCUGUACAGCGUCCCGCGCACUCCCAACCAGCUCCCUGGCCUCUCCAACACUCCCAGCCACAGUAGCAUGAUGAGGAUGAACUCGUACAGCAGCCAGCUGGGGGUCAGCAUCUCGGAGUCCGCUCAGGGCAACAGCCAAGGCUACAUCCACAACAGCAGCAGCAUCUCCCCCCGGGGCUACGCUCCCACUCACUCACCACAACAGUCAAACUACAGCACGGUCGGUGGGAACAUCAAUGGCUACAGCAACGUGCCAAUGUCGAAUCUUGGCGUGCCCAGCUCCCCGGGAUUCCUCAACAGCUCUCCCGCCAGCUCACCCUAUGGCAUUAUGCCUCCCAGCCCGACCGUGGCCUCAGCUGUCCCUCUGUCCUGCAGCACCUCUGCCAUACUUCCCUUCUCAUCUUCUGUCUUCCCCGCAGUGAAACAAAAGAGCGCGUUUGCACCGGUGAUCCGACCCCAAGAUUCCCCUUCCCCAGCCUGCGCCAGCGGCAACGGAGGUGGAUUCCGAGAGGAAGAAAAGGGUUUCAGAGUGAAUUAUUUCUGAUUUCACAGCCAUGACUGGACUGGUAGUCCCUCCGAUGUGAGGCUAUUCUCUCCUGUCACCAUAUCGCAUUCCAAGGAGCAAAGUUCACCCGCUACAAAAACAUCAUCACCAGAACCAACAGCUGUCAGAAAUAUUAGCAGCCUUCCCUUGGAAGCGGGGACAAAGCUGACUUUCUUUGUUGCCUGGACUGAAUGAAUUCCCUGCAGCGAUGUGGAAAUCUCGGCUUCAUCCGCACUUAAGGAACCUCAGACCCAUGGAAGUGAGGGCCAAAGGUGGUGGUGGGAGGGGCGGACUUGGUCAAUGGGUGGGGGUGGGGGAAGUAAUCUUCAAAAAAAAAAAUGCAAUUUUCUAUUUUGUAUAAUGGUUUUAAUGUGACAGUUCUUAUCAUUUUAACAGAAGUAACCCUUUGGAUAUGAGAGCUGGCUUAUAAACUAGAUAUUGAAAAAAAAACAGAUUUUUUUUAAAUGCAGCUGAAUAAAGUGUCAAUAGAUUGCU